GACAAAAAAAGUCAUCUUCCCUUUAGCUAACAGGACUGCGUAUCAUGUAGAUUUCUCUAUUCGGCCUGCCUUUGCUUUUUCAGGCCCCAGAGAGCCCCAGUACUACACGACACGUGGCACCCAAGGAAUGCUGAGUCUUUAUAGAACUCCUUCCAGUAGUACCGCCGGCCUAGGGAGGUCAGGCGUGCAGAUCGGUCACAGCUGCCCUCGAUUUGCUGGGGGAGGGGCGUACAUUGACCGCGAAGGCUGCACAUACUUCGGGUACCAAGGGCGGGAGGCGUGGUGCGCCCGGCGACCCGGAAGCAGGGGGCGCGCCCGGCCGAGCCCGGACACUCCCCGGGGCCGGCAGACCCAGCGGCCUGCGGACGGGACCCGGAUCACACCAGCGAGAUGGCGGUGGCGGCCGUGAGCAGCACCAAGCAGAGCCUGCGGGCCGAGCUGAAGCGGCGUCUGCGGGCGCUGAGCGCCGAGGAGCGGCUGCGCCAGUCCCGCCUUUUGGCCCAGAAGGUGUUUACCCAUAGUCAGUAUCAAAAGUCCAAAAGAAUCUCCAUCUUUCUGAGCAUGCAAGAUGAAAUUGAGACAGAAGAGAUCAUCAAGGACAUUUUCCAACAAGGCAAAACCUGCUUUAUCCCACGGUACCAGUUCCAGAGCAAUCACAUGGAUAUGGUGAAAUUAGCAUCGCCUGAGGAAAUCUCUUCACUUCCCAAAACAUCCUGGAAUAUUCAUCAGCCCAGUGAAGUCGAGGUUCGGGAGGAGGCCUUGUCCACAGGUUCUCUGCUUUCCAGCACUACAAGUGAACCUGUAGAGAUGAGAGUCUGCCAGUGGGACCUUCCCUUUUACUUUUCUACUUUGACCACGAUAUUUCUAGUCAUCUUGGGACCAUGUAAGGUAGACUUGAAAAUCUCCCAGAGGUGGCUGGUGACAGUCAUGGCUGAGAUCUCAGAACUCAGGAUCCCUUAUCUGACUGCCCCGUGGGCCUAGAGGAUCUCGGAUGUGGCUGUAUUCUUUGCAUGUUCGGAUAAACAAAGACAAGACAUGAUUAUUCUGCCUAUGAGCCACUCUUCAACGUUCACCCAGGAACAGCAGCUCAGGAGGAGUCAUUGAAUCCUGUUGAGACCGACUGGGACCUGGGACUCUUUGCUGCAGUGCUGGCACCUGGACACACCUCUCCUCCAGCAGCAAAAUACAAAGAAACUAUAAGGGACUAAAAAUAACUGCGUGCAUGCGCAGUUGGGGCAAAUUCUGGACAAAAGAUACAGAGACCAAAAAAACGCAACUGCCACUUCUGAAGAGCCCAGAGCAAAAACUGGGUGUUGGGAGCAAAAGCAGGGUACUGCGCAUGCCCCCUGCACACAACACCACCUAAGGGGCGGGCAGAACAUCUAAGCCACCCCUACCCUCACUCCAUAUAAGGAACAGGCUCACCCCCCUUCAGGGAGCGGGCAAGCAAGGGAACCUGUUUGUUCUCGCUCCCCCCGCUGCCGCAGAGGGGCCGCAAUAAAGCAUUGCCUGAAUUUCUUGUCUGGCCUCUAGUCAAUUUCUAUUGACUGGGGAAGCCGAGAACCCUGGUGGAUAUCACCGUCAUGCCGCAGAGUUGUAUAACUGGGAAGAACAAACAUGAACGCAUGCUCUGGCCAGGCAGGUGAAGUGAAAAAGAGAAAGCAAGCCAGGCGUGAGAUGUAGGAGGUGGCGACUGGGUGAGCAAUUUGUAAAUCACGGCAACUGAGUUUUAAAAAUUCAGGGAGGGCCGAGCAAAACAUAGCUGCAAGGCGCACACCUACCAGUGGGUGACCUCUGCUUUUCCAAACCUUCGCCUCUCUCUCUCUCCUUAAGUCCUUGAAACUCAGGCUAUUUAAGGCUCACUGAAAGACAACGGUUUUCUAAGACAGAUCAGUAGUUUCUCAGCAGGCAGUCUCCUAUGAACACCGCUUCAGACGAGUUCCUCUUGAGCCGGAGAGGAUCAUCAGCCGAACAUCUGGUCCUAGUAGCCCCCAACAGCUGCACCCACGUUCAGUUCAAGCAUCGUCCAUAUGGGUGUCAUCAACCUCCAAAUUGACCCUCAGGGUCUGGAUGUGAGAGGAGACUGCUAAGUGGUGGGGAAGGAGUUCACAGGGGGUAAAUUGAGAGGAAACUCCCAUCUGUUUGUGGACCACAGGCUUCUGCGGACCCAGCUGCGUGUGACCAGCCCUGAGAACGGUGCAGGCAGACCAGCUUAAGUCCUGAGGUUCACCGUGGGUGUCCACAAGCCCAGCAAACAUUGUAUGUGAUCACCACUGCAGCAAAGUGAGCCCAAGGACAGGGGAACCCAAAAGGGGAACCCAGACGGCAGAUGGCAGGAAUUGCGAGGGUUAUUAUGGGUAUUGUGUUAGGCAAAAAAAAAAAAAAAAAAAAAAAAAAGACAACAGUAAAUGUAUAGUCUCUCUUAUACUUGAAAUGUAAAAAUCUACCACCUGAUUUUCUUACUAUUUUUUUAUUGUGGUAAAAUACAUAUAACAUAAGAUUUACCAUUUUAACCGUUUUAAAGUGUACAGUUCCAUAGCUUUAAUUACAUUUGCAAUGUAUACAGUCAUCAUCACUACUUCCAGAACUUUUUCAUCACCCCAAACAGAAACUCUGAACCCCUUAAGCAGUAACUCCCUAUUCCCUGGAAACCCUUAAUUUACUUUUGUCUGUAUGGGCUUGCUUACUGGGGACAUUUCAUAUGAAUGGAAUCAUAUAAUUUGGGGUCUCUUCUGAUUUUUGAGAAGCUCACCUUUAUAAAAUUUCCCUAUUUAGUUCUCACUUGAGAGUGAAGACCCAUGGGGUUGGGGUAAGCUGGAUGAGAAGCAGUAUGUGUGUCUUAGGUUGGGUUCUUCCAGAAUCCUAACCCUAACUGAGACAAGGAUGGGGUGCAGUUAGCUUAUUUGGGAGGUGAUCUCAGAAACGGUGGUAGGAGGUUAGGGAAGUGAGACAGGGAAGGGAAGUGUGGCCCUGAGCAGGUCACCACCAUGGGCAUCUUGGGCUCAGUCCUACUAGGGACCUCUGGGGGAUGGCAAAGGACACAUCUCAGAAUUGUCUCCCAAGGGGUGAGGGAGGUGGGCUGCUCUUCAUCCACCAACUCCCACCAACAGUUGAUAAGGGCUACCCUGGGGCUGUGACGACCCCAUAUUUCAGACCAGCCCUGGAAAAAGGAAGCCAAAUUUACUCUCUCCAACAGCCCACCCAGGAGGAGCCCUGCAGGUUACAUCUUCUGUGAGGUCCUCUCACUGCCUUGGUUCAGCCAAUAGACGGCACUCAGCUACACUCUGCCCACCAUAUUACUUUUCCUGGGCUGUUGGAUCUCGAGCACAAUGAUGGGAGGUAGAUUCCAGUGGCCCAUUCCUGAAGGUUGAGUUGUUCCUGAUAUGGUUUUCAUCCUGCCUCAAAGUCUGGUUGUCCAGCCUUCCAUUUAAUUCUGUGAGUUCCUUAAUAUCUUCUUUAUAGGUGUGUUAAGUAUGCUGCAGGUAGUUUCUACUGUUUUUGACCAGGAACACUGUCUGAUAUGGUAGGCAAAGGUAGGUGUCUCCAAUAGCAUUCAGUAACUUCAAGCAUGAUAACCAACAGUUCAAAUUCCUAGAUUCUAACAUCAGGGAAUACAAUGAAACUCAGGGAUGUUUUGUGAAAGUUCCAAAAUAAUCUCUUAAUUCCUGUAAUUUUAGAACUGAAAUAACUGAAGAUCAAACUCAGAGUUGCAUCCCAUGGAUUUUUUUAAUGACAAGGUCAGUUGAAUAUACGGCCUCACCAGGGAUCAUGUGUAAGGUGAAGCAUUAAUCAGAAAAGAAUGAGGUCCUGGGCUUCCCUGUGGCGCAGCGGUUAAGAAUUCGCCUGCCGAUGCAGGGGACGUGGGUUCGAGCCCUGGUCCGGGAAGAUCCCACAUGCCACGGAGCAACUAAGCCUGUGCGCUAGACCUACUGAGCCUGCACGCUAGAGCCUGCAAGCCACAACUACUGAGCCCGUGCACCUAGAGCCCGUGCUCGGCAACAAGAGAAGCCACCGCAAUGAGAAGCCCACGCGCUGCAACGAAGAGUAGCCCCUGCUCACCGCAACUAGAGAAAGCCCGCGCAUGGCAACAAAGACCCAAUGCAGCCAAAAAUAAAUAAAUUAAAUUAAAUUUAAAAAGUUUAAAAAUAAAAAAAUAGAGAAAAGAACGAGGUCCUGACAAUUGCAGUAGGGAUAGUUGGGUGAGUUUAGAAGAUGCAAAGCACUCAGAAUGUCCAAAUACCCCUGAAAUAGCACUCGGCUGUAGUACUGUCAUGAUGGCAGCCAACACAAUAUACGGCUCUGAGAAUAUACUCAGAAUACUCAUAACGUUAAUUAUGCUGGAUAUUUUGUCUCAUACCCCUGAUAUAGCCAAGGGCUGAGCAUGUGACCUAUGUUAAGGCUAUUUGUACUCUGUUCUGGAACUUUGUUUCUUGAAUGGAGGGACACAAAAAUAGUUAGGACUUUAUGAAUUCCAGACUGGUGGCCCCCAACAGUCAAGUGGUUUUUGUCCUAUAUGGUCAGUCUUCCAGACAAUUCUAUGAGUAUGCAGGCAUCCUUCCAAUAAAUUCUCUUUUGUUUAUACCAGCUAGAAUUGGUUUCUGUUGCUUGUGAC